AUGGCUUCCACGGAGGCGAAAAAUCGAUUCCAAAAACUGAAAUUACGGACCACGAGCUCACGAUCCCCCGCGCAUUCCACCCAUUCUCUUCUCUCCGCCCUCGGUAGAGAGUCUCAGCCGUCCAGCGGUAACUCCACGCCCGGCUCCGAGCGAGCGAACUUGACCCAUCGUGACUCGCUGAGCCACGAUGCUUUGAACCAGAAAGAUGGCACGACAGAUGGACGAGACGGGAGUAACAGGCCACCGUUGGUUGUGGAGUCGUGGGGAAGUCAUGCCCCGGAUACCGACGCCGAAGCGUCGAAACGGUUUGCCUCGCAAGACGACCUGGAGCGAGAAACGCACCGUAGAGACGAUGGGACAUAUCCUGAUGGGGUUCACUCGGCUCCGCAGAUGCGUGGACAGGCGAUCCGAUUUGAUAGUCAAGUACGGCUGGAGAAUGGGAACACAGCCUCGAUGAACUCCCUUCGACCUCACGGACUUGAAACAUUCGAGGAAGAAUCUACCCAUCCUUCUAGAGAAUACGGCAUCGACAUACCACACGAUGAAACGAGCCUAGGGUCAAGCAUCACCCCUCGACCACAGCAAGAAAACGGUGGUGCCGCGAACCCCUUCGGCCGUCCAGGCUUCCGUUCCCAAAACCGCUCCGCUGGUCGCCGCCGUCCUCAGUAUCCCUAUCGUCCCGACACUGGCGCCACGACCGAUGACCUCGAAAGCAUCGACGCCGUCGCAUCUCUCACCUCCGCGGAAACCGCCUCUCCCCAUCUCUCCGAAGCACGCACCCCCGUCGAACCGCCAACGGACCUUUACCUCUCCGCUGGUCCGACGUCCCCGCAAGCCAUUAACAACUCCCCUCUCGAAUUCUCCCCCCGCGCGCCCUUCCCAUGGCCCUCCCGCAGCUCCGUCUCCAACUCGCGCCGCUCGCGCGCCAACCAGUACGACUGCGACCCCCACACCGGGGCGUCUGGCCUCAGCUCCAUGGCCGGUUCCCAACCCUUCUCCCGCCGCACCUCCCGCCGCUCAUCCACCCGCUCCAGCGCCUCCCCCGCGCUAAACUACCUCGCCAAAUGGUCCAUGGCCGAAGCCCCGCGGGCGCCGGCGCCCGACGACGAGGGACAGGAGAUCGGGCAGCACAGCGAGUACAUCAUCGGGCGGACAAUCGGCUCGGGCGGGUUCAGCGUGGUCAAGGAGGUGUACACGAUCGAGGCCGGGGUGCAGGUGCGUCGCGCGGUGAAGAUCGUGAAGAAGUUCGUCGAGGCCAAGUCUGAGGCGGAGAACGAGCGGCUGCAGGCCGAGUUCGACCAUGAGAUCUCCAUCUGGCGCUAUCUGAAGCAUCCGAACAUCUUGCCGCUCGUCGAGGCGUGGGAUACCCCGUUCGCGACGUUCUGCAUCACGGAGCUGCUGGAUGGCGGCACCUUGUUCGACUUGGUGAGACGAUACCGGAAGGCGAGUAGUAGCAACCUAGGCCCGGCAUCCCAGCCGCCACAUAACCCGUACGCCGGAUACGGCGCGAAGAAAGCCACAGCAAGCACCACGUCCCCACUCUCCCCGAACACCUUCCCCCCAAGCCACCCACUCUCCACCGCCACCCCAAGCACAACAACCACUACCACCCUCCCGAAAUCCCACGGCCUCCCCCCCCACCUUGCCCGACGCUACAUCCACCAACUCGCCCUCUCCCUCCGCUACCUCCACGAAGACGUCCGCGUCGUCCACCGUGACGUCAAGCUCGAGAACUGUCUCCUCGACUUCGCUUCGCGCCCCACCGACAGCCACUCCUCCCACCCCGGACCGAUCGACCCCUCCCCUUCGUCCGUCUCCGCACCUGCCCAGGUCCCCAGCAUCGCGAAGGCACAGACGGUGGCGGCGCGGGUGCUGCUCUGCGAUUUCGGGAUGGCGGAUUACAUCACGUCCGAGGCGCGGCCGGAGUCUCGUGGGGUGUCGCCCGCGCGGUUCGACGGAGGUGGCAGCUGUAAUGGCGGCGGAUGCGGCGAGGGCGCUGCAAAAGCCGGCGCGGGUGGCCGACCGGCGCUGAAUCCGAGGAAUAUCGGACCAGCGCUGCCGAGCACAUUGAUGACGCCCCCAACCCACCCCACCAAUCCUGCUCCCCGAGAGAGGACCGAAAAACCCUCCGACCACCACUCCGGCAAUGGCUUCUUCCCCGCCUCCGCCUCCGCCUCCCUUCCGCCUCCUCCCACCGUCCAGCCCCCCGCACCCACGCACUCCAACACCUUCAUCGGCUCCCUCCCCUACUCGGCCCCCGAGCUCAUCUCCGCGACCCGCGUGCUGUACUCCCCGGCCGUCGACGUCUGGGCGCUAGGCGUAUGCGCGUACGCGAUCGUCACGGGGGAGUUGCCGUUCGCACAUCCGGUGGAGGGGGUAUUGGCGGGGUUGGUGGAGGAAGGGGUGUGGGAUCGGGGGAAGAUGGGGGAGAGUGUGAGGGAUUGGGAGGGGGAAGGGAAGGGGGCCGGGGAGGAGGCGAUGGGGUUGAUUAGUGGGUGUUUGGAGAGGGAUGUGGAGAGACGGUGGGAUAUUGGACGGGUGGUUGCGAGUCCUUGGUUUGAGGGGCUGUGA